AUGAUUUUAUCCUUUUUCUACUGUUUGGUGGUUGUGGGUGCCUUUCAGGCUACCUUCAGACAAAGCUCGUUGAUUGAGCUUCACAAAGAUAUCACUGAGAUCGAUUCAGAGGUUGGUAACGAGUACGAUGUCGUUCAUUUUCUUGCUGGCUAUCUCUCGGACCAUGGACUUACUGUUGAGCUUCAAACGGUAGCAGAGAGUAGAGAAAAUAUCUAUGCUUAUAUUGGGUCGAGUAGAGAUACAAAGGUGCUUUUGACAUCUCAUAUUGACACUAAUCCUGCUGGAAAGAUACCUUACCAUGUGAUUGGAAACGAGAUUCACGUUCGAGGUGCUUGCGAUGCCAAGGGCAGCGUGGCAUCCCAAAUCUUUGCUUUCUUAGAGCUUCAAAGAGAUGGAAUCAUUACCGAGGGAGACCUGGGGCUUUUAUUUGUCGUGGGCGAAGAGUAUGAUGGAAGUGGAUCUUUGGCCGCAGUGACCAGCCUCAAUGCAACCUGGUCUAAUGCUGUUGUCGUUGGUGAGCCAACUGAGAACAAGUUGAGUGUUGGACAUAAAGGUAAUUUCAGAUUUGACGUUAAUGCGAUUGGUGUAGCCAGUCAUUCAGGUUAUCCCGAGCAAGGGUUUAGUGCAGUGGAAUUUUUGAUGAGAAGGAUUGAGCUCUUACUUGACACAGCUUUUCCUCAUUCCAAUCUCCUCGGUCCCACUACUGUCAACAUUGGAACUUUCCACGGAGGAAUAUCAGCGAACUUGCUUGCCCCAUCUGCUAAAGCUGAAAUUUACAUUCGGGUGGCCGACGAUAUUAACCUUGUUAACGAUACAGUCAAUGAGAUUUUUACUACGUCUCACUCCAACUACUCAAUUGUCCAGAUGCUCGAACCACAGUAUUUGGAUUACGAUAUUCCUGGGUUUGAAACUGUGGCAUGCUCAUAUGCCACAGAUAUUCCUUACUUCAAACGUCCAGGGGUCAAGAGAUAUCUAUAUGGGCCUGGAUCAAUUUUGGUUGCUCACAGCCCAAAAGAAUAUUUGACUGUUGAAGAUUUGUAUGAAAGUGUCGAAGGAUACAAAGCUAUUGUUCAGUAUAAUAUCUGA